CGUCAAUAAAGCUGCAGUUGUUUUAACGUUUUCUCCCAGACUGCACCUGUAGCUGCUAGUAUUUGUUUCCCACAUGUGUGGACUAAAUGCCAAAUACUUUCCCUUCCAGCGGUGUUAAAGAUGGCUGAAAGCACAGACAUGUCGCUCCUUGAGGAGGCCUUCAGGAAGUUUUCCGUUCACGGCGACACCAAGGCCACUGGCAAGGAACUGAACGGCAAGAACUGGGCCAAGCUGUGCAAGGACUGUAAAAUCAUCGACGGCAAAUCUGUCACCAGCACCGACGUAGAUAUCGUCUUCUCCAAAGUGAAAGCUAAGACUGCCCGCGUGAUCACCUUCGAGGAGUUUAAGAAGGCUCUGGUGGAGUUGGGACCAAAGAGAUUCAAAGGGAAGAGCAAAGAGGAGGCUGUGAGCUCCAUAUACAAGCUGAUUGAAGGCAAGGAGCCUGCCAACGUGGGGGUCACGAAAAUCACUAAGAAGGGUGGCGUGGACAGGCUGACGGACGCGUCCAAAUACACGGGAUCACACAAGGAGCGGUUUGACGAGAGCGGCAAAGGAAAAGGCAAAGGGGGCCGAGAGGACCUGGUUGAAAACACUGGAUACGUGGGCUCGUACAAGAACGCUGGCACUUACGAUGAAAAACUGCAGGAAAAAUAGCCUGGGGCCCUCGUCAUCCAGCCUGUUUGUGUCAAAAUCUGCAGUAACACUUAUUAACAGAUGCAUUGUUGUUAUUACUAUAUAUAACCAUGACAAUAGGCAAUAUGCAAAUAAAUACCAGCUUCAGAUAAUCUGUUAUAGAGGAAGGGACAGGUUACUGAGCUUCUGCUCCUGUGCAAUCUUUUAUUUUUGAUUUAAUUCAGGCCUAUGACAUGGAUGGGCAAUUUAUCGACCAGCUCUUUGUGCCAACCAUGUUCUUAAUUGUUUAAUUCAAGGGUGUCCAAUCACAGUCCUGGAGGGCCAUUCCACUCCAGGUUUAACAGGUAAAAGUAUAUAAUUAAAUGCUUCAUGGUCUGGAUGGAAGUUUAAUUGCUUCAAUUAAACAAUUUAGAACAGGAUUGGAACAAAGACCAGGACUGGAAGAGUCAACUCUUGAACACCUCUGGUUUGUUGAACCAAUUAAACCCCAAUCCAGGACCUCAAGCUGUUUAUUAUAAGAAUGGCCCUGCGGGACUGAAGUUAUCCAAGCCUGAUCUAUGACACACACACACAUACACACACCAUUUUUUAAAAUAAAUGAACACUAUUAUGAAAAAGCUUAUUUGCAUGUAAAACCCUUUCAAUGAAUGUUGCGCUCAUGACCACAAGCUCAGUAAACCUGGCUGGAAUAUGUCUUAAAGGGUUUAAAGAUGAUUUCUUUGUUUUGUUUUUCUGAGUUGCACAUAAUUCCUCUGUGCCUCUCAAUGUAACGUUCUUACCAAGCCUCUGUGUUUUUAGCAGCUCUUAUAUGGUUUUCAGCUUUGCUGUAUAUUUCUGUUCUGAGGAUAGCCAGUCGAUAGUACAGCAAUUGGAACUAGCAUGAUAAUGAGGAUCUCUGUUUUGCAUAUAAGAAGACUCUUUCUCUUUGACUCUCAUAAUCUGCUUUAAAGCUUUGACAGACUUGGGGGAGGGGGGCGUCUGGCAAGUCAGUACAUCACAAUCAAGAAAUUAGAAAUUAGCUUUGAUCAUAAACAGGACAAGAAACACAAAUUAAAUAAAUGAAAUCCUGUGGCCACAAAAUCUAGAGCAACAACUGUCAAAUGAAAGGCAAAACUGGAACUGUUGACCAUUUGAAGUAAAACCAUGAAAUGAGAGCGAUCGCCCAACAGCGGUUUCAGUGAUUGCUGGAUAACUGGUUAAUUGCUAAAGGUUUGAUUGGGACACACUCAUUCUUCUUUAUCUCAGAAUGGGAUGUCCAGGUGCUACGGCUCUUGUCUGUUUUUGUUUAUUUUGACAUUUUAAAAGUGAUAAAACCGUUGCUACAUUGUGCUACAUCCACAAGGAUUACAGCACAUAUCAUAGAAGAAAACACAUUUACUGUAUAUACACAAAGAGUAGAUGGCAAACGUAGUUGUGAUUGAAUGGAGUUUGCAUUAUCCUUCCAAACAAACCAUAAACAAGAUCUUCAUUGGGCAGCAGAAAUUGCAGUUUGCUUUUAAAAUCCUUUUUUUUCUUAAGCUGAGGGAACACAAAGCCACUUUUUCAGGAGUGGCUUUAAAACUGGUUCUAGGAGACCGGGAGACCUAGUUUGAGGCAACUUUGCUGUAUCAAACCCCAAGUCUCCCCUAGUCUCCUGAAGCCAAGUUCGAAGCAUUAUGUUCCCUCAGCUUUAAACUUCUUUUCAAUCCAGAUUAUUUAUUUCUUUGUAAAAAAAAAAAAAAUAGAAACAAAAAAAAUGUAAACAAUGUAUCCUGUGUUUUUUAGAGGUGUGUAACAUGGACAGUAAUCAUAUGAAUAAAACUGCAUUCAUAGAA